CUAUAAAUCUGACCACCUCCGUAGUUCUUUACAUUUUAGUGUCCAGUGUAUAGUGUUGGUCAUCUUGCUUCUAACACGGUGUCAGUUUAUAAAACUUCAAGAAUGAAGAUUAUCAUUGGACUUCUUCUCGUUGCCUCUGCGUUGGCAUACCCUCUCGCAGAAAAUGAAGAAAAACCCAGUAUACCUCUAGUCAUCCAAGAUCAGUCUGCAGCAUCCCAAGAUCAAUCUGCGCACCAGCCAGAAACCCUCUUGCCCGAAGUACCGUCCCAAGAUUCCGCCGAAUCCAAUUCUUCCGAGGAAAGUAACGAAUCAUCGGAAAAGUUGCCCGAGCCGAAACCAUCCGAGGAACCAGCAUCCGACGAGAAACCGGAUUCAUCGGAAGAGAAACAAGAAGCCGAAAAGCCUAAAGAUGAAGAAAAGAAAAUCGAUGAACCCAAACCCCAGCAGCUGAAGGAGGAAAUCAAGGAAGAAGAGAAACCAAGCGAACCACUGCCCGUGCUAAAAUCUGUGGAUCCAGUUGUGCCACUUGUGAAAUCUCUUUCCGAAGAACCGAAACCCGAACAAGUUGUGUCCGUUCAAGAGGAAGUUGUCCAAAUCGUUCCAAAAUCAGCCAUUGCUAUUGAACAACCCGUCGUUGAACAACAACAAAGUGAAAACAAAAACGAGAAUUCCGCUUCCCCGGCUUUGAAAUCUGAAGAGAAGCCUUCUGAGGAGGUUCAAGAAGUAGCAGCCACCGAAAUCAAAGAAGAAAUUGUACUUCCCAGUGAGCAAAAAGUCGAAAUCGUUCCAGCAGCUGAAGAAAAAGUACCAGAAUUGAGAAAAGCCGAGGUAGUACCCGAACCCGUUCAAGCUGAGCCUGUGAAAACAGAAUUAGUCCAACCUGAGACUGUCCAACCUAUUGAACUGAAAGCCGUUCCUACUGAGCAAGAAAAGAGGGCAAAAUCUGACGAGCCAAAAGCCGAAGAACCAAAACCGGAACAGCCAAAACCUGAAGUAGGUAAACUCGAUGCCCAACCUGAAGAACCCAAGCCUGAGGAACCCAAGGCUGAGCAACCCAAGUCAGAGGAACCCAAACCCGAAGAACAAAAACCAGCUGAACCUCAGCCUGCUCAAGACAAACCAGUUGAAGCUGAACCGAAAAAACCUGAAGGAAAGGUAGAAGAAAUCCCAGCCGUGCCUUUGGAAGAUCCCAAACCAGAGCAACCCAAACCAGAAGAACCCAAACCAGAGCAACAAGAAAAAUUACCAGAACCAAGUGCAUCGAGUUCUUGAAUAUCCUGGUAAUCGAAACGUUCCGAAUGACUGAAGAUGAGGUCCGCUUGCCCUUUUGUUCGAAACACACUUAAUUUUAUUUUCCAUUGAACAACUGGGUCUACCGGCUCUCGCAUAACAGAUUAUUUAUGUGUGCUCAAUUUAGCGAACAAAGAAAUCGAAUAGGCACCAAUCGUGUUUUGUUAUAAAAACCGUUUUGUUUUUAUUUUAUUGUAUUUUUGUUUUAUUUUUGUUUUGUCGAUAAGAUGGUUCGUUAACAGUUUCUUCUCUAGGCUCAUAAGAAAAUGUCAAAUUUAUUUAAUUCGUCAGGUAUCAUCAUAGGUUCCAUCUUCUGAUUCAUUUCUAGUUUUAAGAUUAUGUAUUUAAAGCUUUAAAUAAAGUUUUAUACAUAACG